ACCGUCGCUGGACCGCUGUAUCCCCUUUCCUUACCCUCAGUUCCUCUCCACCAUGGCACUGCGAAAAGCUAAUACCUCUGAACUUGCUGAUUCUGCUAUCUCAUCUUCUAUCGUCUUACCUGUUGUCAGGCUCUCACAUCACACUACUCGGUUUCUUCCCAUUGUCUCGAUUCAGAUGCUUUCAGUUUUGAUUCUGCUUGAGCAGCCUUGGCAGGAACAGAGUUGGCGAGGAUGCUGAGAGGAGGUUAAUUAUUGCCUUCAGGUUUCUGUACCCUUUUUCACAAAGCAUCGACAUUUCCGUCAUUCCUACCUCAAAAUCAGUUACCUCUUGAAUGCUCUGGGCUAGUAUCUCAAAUCAGGAAAGGAGCUUUCUUGUGUUCAGAGAACCUUUAUUUUGGAGAGCAUGGAGAAGCGCACCACUUUUGAGAAAAAUAAGAUUGAUAGACUGAGCAAUUUGCCGGAAAACUUGAUCUUAUGCAUUCUGACUUUAAUUGAUACCAAAGAGGCCGUCAAGACGAGCAUUUUAUCCAAAAGAUGGAGCCAUCUCUGGACCUGUCUGCCCAAACUUCAUUUUGAUAGCCAAUCGUUCAAGACUUUGGACUCCUUUAAAAAAUUUGUGCGUUUUGUCCUAUCUCAAAGGGAUGAUGGCUGCACUCUGCAGAGUUUGUGGUUCUAUAGUGAAUCAACAGAUAAAUCUUUUAUCAAGAGAGUCAUAGGCUAUGCAAUGCUGCAUGGUAUUCAGGAAAUUUCCAUCAUUACGCCAGCAGUAAUCUGUUUCCACUCUUUAGAGACUGCAUCACUAGUUACAAUACAUCUUAAGUAUGUCUCUCUAUUAUUUGAAAAUAGUGACUCUAUUGAUCUCUUUUCUAGCUGCCGGAAUCUUGAGGAAUUAUCAAUAACUGAUUGUAACUGCUUGAAUGUCGGGAAGGUUGUCAAAAUAUCUGCUCCUCAUCUGGCAAAGCUUAAUAUUUGGAAUGUGCAGGCAGAAGAUCUUGAAUUUGUGAUUUCUACACCAAGACUUUCUGUGUUUCAUUAUGGGGUUCGAUUUCUUAAUCCUACAAAAAUUUUUAUCAGUGAAUGCCAUGUUCUUGAGAGGGUGGGAUUUUAUAUAGCCUACAAUGGAGUUUUCCCUUAUGAUAUGGAGAUACUUAAGUUGUAUCUGGAAAACUUGUACUGGAAAGCCAUCCAGAAUAUCAUCCCAAGUGCUAAAUCAUUCAUGAUGCAGUUGUGUGGGUGGAAGGUGAUAGUAGUGGAACACAAUGGCUAUUCAACUAUUGAAAUAUAUAGUCUGGAAGGAAAAGUGUUGUUUCCAUGGAAGUUCCAAUGUUCUGGUUCCAAAAAGUUUAUCAUGGAGGCAUACUAUUGUUUCUCAUCGCAUGUCUGCCAUCUCAAGAAGGUGAUUUGGCAGCUCAAGACUAGGACUGGUGAACCAAGGACUUCUUGGAAGUUGGGACCUGACGAUCCUGUUAUAAGGUCUAUAUUGAAUCAGUUGGAAGAGAUUGAGCUUACUCAUGUCACAGGGAAGGCAAUGCUUGUCCCCUUGGAAACAUAGAAGGUUAUUAAAGCAGAGACCCUUUAUUUUGUUGGAGGCAGCAUAUGCUUCUUCAGAAUCAUAAAAAGGACAUUCUGUGCCGUCUCCUUUUGUUUUGUUGGAGCAUAUACCAACUUGUUCUUGUGACUGAUAAAUUAGGCUUGCGCUGUUCUUUAGGCCUCUUUGUUUUUGUGAGUUGCAUGUUUCUGCUACCUUUUUCAAGUAUU